CCUAACAGCCGUUAUCUGCAUGACCUUCUGUAGAAUAAACAUUAUUGGUAGUGUUUGUUGCUAAAUAGUUUGUUGUUAUAGAUUAUCUGUUAGUUAAUGUAAGAACGUGGUAGGUCUAACACUGUUGUCUGAGUUUAGGUUUUCUUUAGGGUUACAAGUGUGGAGUUGAUAGGUUGUAGCGUAUGGGAUUUGACUAUUUUGAACUGCAGUUUCUUGUAGCCAAAACAUCGUAAUCACAGCUUCAAUAUGAUAGAGAAGAUCAGUUUUAGUAUGGGGCCAAGGAAGGACGUCAGUUCACCGCUGAUCGUGGUCUCCAAUCGCCUUCCCUUCGUCCUGGCGCGUCAUGACGACGGCACAUUGGAGCGCAAACAGAGUGCCGGUGGCUUGGUAACAGCCGUGGCCCCCGUAGUAAUCGAGUGUAAAGGACUGUGGAUUGGAUGGUCCGGCCUGUACGACCUGGGUAAGGACGAGAAGAUACCAGAGGCUAACCCUAACGACAAGGCCCCUACUGCUGGCCUGCUCUCAGAACAGAUAGUGCCAGUGCAUGUGGAUGAAAGGGAGUUUGAGGCUUACUACAAUGGUUGCUGCAACGGAACAUUCUGGCCCCUGUUCCAUUCUAUGCCUGACAGAGCUGUUUUCAAGAAAGACACAUGGAAGGCGUACUGCAGAGUUAAUGAGGAGUUUGCACGUUGCACGCUCCAAGCUUUGCGCAAGGUGAUCAAAGAUCUGGACGAGGAAGGACGGACCAAUGUAGCACCUGUGGUCUGGAUACAUGACUAUCAGCUGUUCACUGCGGCUACCUACAUCAGACAGGUUUGUGAAGAAGAAAAUUUAAGAUGUAAACUUGGGUUUUUCCUGCACAUUCCUUUUCCAUCAUGGGACAUUAUGAGGCUGUUUCCGUGGGAUGAUCAAAUUUUGCAAGGAAUGCUUGCGUGUGACUUUGUGGGCUUCCACAUUGAAGACUACUGCUCCAACUUCAUAGACUGCUGCAGUAGGAGGCUUGGUUGCCGAGUGGACCGUAACAACAUGCUGGCCGAGCUUGCGGGCCGCACUGUACACAUCAAGGCUCUCCCCAUUGGCAUCCCCUUCGAACGCUUCGUCCAGCUGGCAGAGAAUGCUCCUGUCUUCAUCAAAGACACGGACAAAGUCAAAGUCAUCCUGGGAGUUGACAGGCUGGAUUAUACUAAAGGUCUCGUUCAUCGUAUUAGAGCAUUUGAGAGGUUAUUGGAAAAACACCCAGAAUACAUAGAAAAUGUUACACUCCUUCAAAUAGCCGUCCCAUCAAGAACCAAUGUGAGAGAAUACAAACAGCUGAAAGAAGAAAUGGAUCAGCUGAUAGGAAGAAUUAACGGAAAGUUCUCUAAGCCUAACUGGGCACCCAUCAGGUACAUCUAUGGAUGCAUUAGCCAAGAGCAGCUCGCAUCACUGUACAGAGACUCUGCUGUAGCAUUAGUAACUCCUCUCAGAGAUGGUAUGAACUUGGUAGCAAAAGAAUACGUCGCAUGUCAGAUCAAAGAGCCUGGGGUGCUCAUACUGUCACCAUUCGCAGGAGCUGGAGGAAUGAUGCACGAAGCUCUUCUAGCUAACCCAUACGAGAUUGACGAAUCUGCAGAAACCCUCCACAGAGCCUUGCAGAUGCCAUUUGAUGAGAGAGAAUUGAGAAUGACACAACUGCGCCAUAGAGAAGCUUUACACAACGUUAACCACUGGAUGAACUCUUUCUUGUCAUCUAUGGGAGCCUUGUGCAAUGAUGACGAAGAAGAUCCUUUGACUAACAAAAUGUUGCCUUUGACAUUGGAAGACUUUGAUUCAUAUUUUAUUAACCACAUCGAUGAUGUCUGUAAGCUAAGUAUGAUUCUCGACUAUGACGGAACCCUCACUCCUCUCACUUCUCAUCCUGACCUAGCCAUAAUGUCUGAAGAAACUAAACGGGUUCUAGAGCGACUCUCAAACAUGUCGGAUGUCAAUAUUUCUAUCAUUUCUGGAAGGAGUUUGGAAAACAUCAGCAACAUGGUCAAUAUCGAGAAAGUUACAUAUGCAGGAAGUCACGGUUUAGAAAUUCUGCAUCCCGAUGGAACCAAAUUCAUUCAUCCUGUUCCCAACGAGUACGCUGAAAAGUUGCGAGAGCUGAUGAGGUUAUUGCAAGAUGAAGUUUGUCAUGACGGAGCCUGGGUGGAGAACAAAGGAGUCCUUCUGACCUUCCACUACCGAGAGACGCCUGCCGCUAUUCGAGAGGACAUUGUGAACAGAGCCAGUGAAAUCUUUAAGAAAGCAGGGUUUGAACCACAUUUCGGGCACAUGGCGAUCGAAGCUAAACCUCCAGUCAAGUGGGAUCAAGGCAGGGCUUCUAUUCACAUCCUUCGGACGAUGUACGGAGUAGACUGGUCCGAGCGUGUCAGGAUCAUUUACGCAGGGAAUGAAGAUGCGAUGCAGGCUUUGCAAGGUAUUGCAUUCACUUUCAGAGUUGACUCGUCCCCCACAGUGCGGACAGCAGCUGACUCUAGACUGGCAGGUCCAGACUCUGUGCUGACAAUGUUGAGGUGGGUAGAAAAGCAGAUGAACAAAAGGGUUCCUCGAGUCAUCACGAAAUCUCCUCGUCUCUCAAGAUCCCCCAAAGUACAGAAGAAAAACAACUCUCUAGAAUGCAUCCAUUCACAGAUGAGUUUUGAGGAAGAAGAUGACAAACCAAAUAUGAUCAGAAUCACACCACCAAGACUGACAACAACGAGACAUUGAUUAGUCAUUAAAAAUGUUAUUGUAAAUUUUGUUUUAUAUAUUUUCUAAUUGUUAUAUGUUAACUAGUUUAAUUUUUUAAAUGUACAAACUUCUACAAGCUUAUAUUAAGUCAUGUUAAAUUUUAAUAGAACUCAAAAUUGUGUAAUAGUCAUAAUUUUAUUGAAUUUCAGCCUCCUGGUCAUAUUUGAAUACUAAAAAUUGAUGUAAAUACCUGCAUUCAUGCGAUCUGGAUCGUUGCAGUAUGGUAUUUAUUUGCAACGGUCCAGAUCGUAUAUAUCAUGAAUACAGAGGUAUUAACACAAAUUUUUUGUGACAAUAUCAUAACUUUAAUUUAUUUAAAGUACAAAAACCCUGUGUAUACUGGAUAAAAAGUACAAAAAUAUGAUAUUUUAACGUAAAAUGUUCAACAUAACUUUUUAAUAUACAACAUGGUAAAAAAUGUAAAAUAUACCUUACAGUGAUUACAUUUUCUGUUACAAAUGAGUGUACUUGAUAUUAUGUAGCAGUAGCCUGAUAGAAUUCCAUAGUAGGCCUACCUAUACGUUUUUUAAAGAAGGCCUCUAUUUUUGUUUGUUAAAUAGUCCAGCUCAGAAUUCACCCUCAAGUGGGUGCAAUAUACUUCAAUUUUAGUUUAAUGCACACCUAAUUGAGUUGGUUGUAAAAUAAAUAGUUAAAUAAAACAAAGAGUGUACCUAUCUAAAGAAAAAUAUACAACUCUGUUAUUUAAAAAUCAAGGCAUGAUUUACUUUCAUUUUACCAAACUAUUUGUAUGAACAAUUUUCCACAAAGCUGAUCCUAUAUAAAACUCAUUGAACUAAAUAAUUGCUUUAAUUAAGUGUAUUAUGGAUUAGCUUUAUGGCCUUUUGUUACAUUUCUUCUUAUUGUAGAUAAUAGAUUAUAACUUAUUUAUAUGAAUCUAUGGUUGUUUCAAACCCACAUACUAUAGGCAAAUCUUCAUUUGCCUAAUUGAA